AUGUCCUUCGAUCUCGAAUUCUUGGUGCGGCCCGAACGCCAAGAUUUGGAAGCUCGGGCCUCCAGAGGUUCAAACAACACUCCAUCGCGACUUCACUUCCUGUCACCAGCAUCAACAUCCACUGAAAUGGCAACACUGACGGAGACAGAUUACACGAAAGUGUCUACAGAGGCUGCCGAGCACCUCGUUGACACAUACUUCUCUGCUCUUGGAGGCGCCCGUGGUACUAUCAGCAGUUUCUACGUGCCCACCAUCGUCCAGGAGAAUGGCCGUGGCUUGCCGAGCAUCACUUAUAACGGCGAGAUGCUGACCGAUGCUACUGUCUUCCAGAAGCAGUGGGAGGACCACAUGCCUCGGACUCAUUUCCAGGUGCAAUCACUGAAUACGCAUGUCAUGAAUCCAGCCCUGGUACCGACGGAUAGCAAGACCAAGAAGGACGCAGAGCGCAACAUGAGCCUUAUUGUGCAGGUCAGUGGCUCAGUCAGACUUGGCGAGGCACGGGAAGGUCCUCUUCGUGGAUUUAGUGACAGUCUGGUCCUGGUCCCAAAUACUGAACAGGCUGGCGGCCGUGGUACUGGCAAGCAGGAUUAUGGCAAGCGAUGCUCUUCCACCAGCACAACCUUCGGUGAUUACUUCAAGAACGUUCUACCCGAUCGUAAACCAAUUAGGAUCACGAUGAGGUGUAAUAAACCCGGCACGGACCAGGAAGUCGAGCUGAGAGUCUACGCCAAUGGCAAGCUGUGCGACAAGUACGACUUGGUCAAGCCAAGCACUGUGGGUUCGGACACUGACCAAUGCUUCAUACCAGUGAAUCCUGGCGAUCAACUCACCAUACGUGGCACACAUCCGGGCAGUUAUCUGCAGGGUUCCUUCCAUGUCCUUGCCGAUGGCUCGUUCUUGGGAAAUAAGACGAAUGACUACUCAAAGAACGGCACGAUCAAGGUGCAUAACAAAGCUGGUAUCAAAUUCGAAAGCUUGCUCAAUGCGCCGAAGGAGCCUAGCCACACCAGCGAGCUGCCGCCUGAGAAAGUGGUUGAAGGCAGCCUGCAUAUCAAGGACAUGAACGAUGGCUCCGAGACGAUUUCUUCGAGCCAAGAGGCAGCUGAGAUUGGUGUCGGUAGCCUAGCUGUUAUCGUGUCAAUGAGCCAGCGAGCUGAAAGCACGUAUACAAACGACUACAAGAAUAUCACUCGUGGCGAGCGCACCGUUGCUCGCGAGACGGUCAUGACCGGUGGCAUACCUCCAACUUACGAGUGCGAGUUCAAGCUCACCAACGACAACCCAUCGAAGCGUACGCAAAACCUGCUCAAGAAGCACAUGAGACAAGACAGAUUCGGUGAAAGACCAUGGGCUACAUUAAUCUUCUAA